AUGUCCUUUCGACUUUCUAGUGGAUCCAGGCGGGUCUGCUCUCAAGCUGGCCCUGGCCGGCUGUCUGGUGGAGGGGCAGGCUUCGGGGCUGGGAAUGUGUGCAGUGGGCCUGGAGCAGGAAGCAGCUUUUCUUGUGCUCUUGGGAGCGUUUCUUCUGGGGGAGGUUUCUACAGCGGCGGUGGAGGGCUGGGAAGUGGCGUCUGUGCUGGUUUUCUUGGAAAUGAGCAUGGCCUCCUCUCUGGCAAUGAAAAGAUGACCAUGCAGAACCUCAACGACCGCCUGGCGUCCUACCUGGACCACGUGCGAGCUCUGGAGGAAGCCAACACAGACCUUGAGCAGAAGAUCAAGUGCUGGUAUGAGAGAUAUGGGCCUGGUUCUUGCCGGGGACUGGAUCAUGACUACAGUAGAUAUUCCUCAGUCAUUGACGAUCUUAAAAGGCAGAUCAUUUCUGUGACCACCUGUAAUGCCAGCAUUGUUCUACAAAAUGACAAUGCCAGACUGACCGCUGAUGACUUCAGGCUGAAGUAUGAAACCGAGCUUGCGCUGCACCAGAGCGUGGAGGCCGACAUCAAUGGUCUGCACAGAGUGAUGGAUGAGCUGACCCUGUGCACAGCCGACCUGGAGAUCCAGUGUGAGGCCCUUACUGAGGAGCUGGCUUACCUGAAGAAAAACCAUGAGGAGGAAAUGGAGGUCCUGCAGUGUUCAGCCGGGGGGAACGUGAAUGUGGAGAUGAAUGCAGCCCCGGGCGUGGACCUAACUGUGCUGCUGAACAACAUGAGGGCCGAGUACGAGGACUUGGCCGAGCAGAACCGCAAAGAGGCAGAAGCCUGGUUUAACGAGAAGAGUGCUUCGCUGCAACAGCAGAUUUCUGACGAUGUGGGAGCAGCCACAGUGGCCAGGAAUGAGCUGAUGGAACUGAAACGCAACCUGCAAACCUUGGAAAUAGAACUUCAAUCCCUCGUGGCCACGAAACAUUCCUACGAAUGCUCCCUGGCAGAGACCGAAGGCUAUUACUGCCUUCAGCUCCAGCAAAUCCAGGAUCAGGUCGGGGCGAUGGAGGAACAGCUCCAACAGAUCCGCACGGAAACCGAAGGCCAGAAGCUGGACUAUGAACAGCUUCUCGAUAUCAAAAUAUUUUUAGAAAAAGAAAUUGAAACGUAUUGCAUAUUAAUAGAUGGAGACGGAAGAAAAAGCAAGUCCACAGGUUACAUAUCAAAAGGGUGUGAGCCUGUAAAUUCCGAAAAUCAAGUCAAAGACUCAAAAGAAGAAGCGGUUAUUAAAACAGUGGUCGAGGAGCUAGAUCAACUCAGCAAUGUCCUUUCACUGAGGGUCCACUCAGUUGAAGAAAAAUCCUCUAAAAUAAGCAAUAUUACAAUGGAGCAACGCGUACCUUCUAAAACACCUUAAUGAG